AUGGCUCUGAAGGAUAUGGGAGGGAAAGUUGGCGUGGACUACAAGGUAAUGUUUCGAAGUGCUUCAGGUCCCACAGAUACAUCACCUACCGGAGACUACAGUAUUGAUAAGUUCUUGCUUGGAAUCAACAUUCAAAACGACAGUAGUCUGUCGCAGUACGAGCCUGACGAAAUCAGCCUCGGACGCAUGCAAUUUUUUGCCAAUGUGCGUCCAGAAGAGGUCUUCGACGCGCAGCCUGUCAGUCAGAAGGAUUCACGAAAUAUGGUUUUGUGGAAGGUGCACGUGGCAUUGGCAGGAGCGCUAAGUGUAAUCGCAUUGGGUGCUAUUUUCCUUCUGAGAAAUGUGGUGGCAUUUGACAAAGCCAUCGCCGACAAGUUGGUUACCACCCACCAGAAGUAG